GUGGGUACCUGCACUGAAAAUAUCAAUUUUUUAUUAUUCUAAUCUUUGAAUCUUACAUACUACUUGCAUUAAAUACGUUGAGGAUACCUGAGACCUCAACUUCUUAUGAAGAAGCUAGUGGAAGAAAAUAAGUAGUUAUCAAAAUAUUAGUGAUAAUGUCAGAAAGUGCAGGGAACUGGUGUUUGAUUGAAAGCGAUCCUGGUGUUUUCUCAGAGUUGAUCCGAGAAUUUGGUUGUAAAGGAGUUCAAGUAGAAGAACUGUGGAGUCUAGAUGGGGAGCAGUUUGAAAAUUUGAAACCUAUACAUGGUUUGAUUUUCUUAUUCAAAUGGACUAAGGAUGAUGAUCACUCUGGCUCAUUAGUACAAGAUAGCAGACUUGAAAAAAUAUUUUUUGCUCGGCAAGUUAUUGAAAAUGCAUGUGCAACUCAAGCAAUCCUCAGUGUACUCCUGAAUUGUCGCCAUUCAGAUCUCAAACUGGGCCACACUCUCACUGAACUAAAAGAAUUCUGUCAAGGCUUUGAUGCCAACAUGAAGGGCUUGACAAUAAGUAAUUCUCCAGUGAUAAGAACAGUCCAUAACUCAUUUGCAAGACAGCAAUUAUUUGAGUUUGAUCCUUCAUUAGCAAACAAGAAUGAAGAUGCAUUUCACUUUGUGAGCUUUGUGCCAAUUGAUGGUAGACUGUAUGAAUUAGAUGGACUGAAACAGGGUCCUAUAGAUCUAGGGGCCAUACCACCUGAGACAGAAUGGACAGAUGUUGUAAGACCUAUAAUUGAAAAAAGAAUUCAAAGGUAUAGUGAAGGAGAAAUCCAUUUCAAUUUAAUGGCAAUUGUGAGUGAUAGAAAAAUGAUGUAUGAAAGGCUAGUUGAAGAAAUUCAGAAACAAGUGGAAUCUGCUGGUAUGGAAACAGAUUUUCAACAAAAUGAAUUAACAAGAUUAAGAUUACUGAUAAAUGAGGAGGAGAACAAAACCCUUCAAUAUCAAGUUGAAAAUAUCAGGCGUAAACAUAAUUACUUACCUCUCAUUGUAGAGAUACUCAAGAUAUUAGCAAAAGAAGGCAAACUUAUGCCACUUUAUGAACAAGCUAAAGAAAAGACCUUAAAAAAACAAAAGUCCAAGGUUGUAACUUGAUUAUCUAAGAAACAAUACUGAAAAGAAACUGAUCUUUUUUCAAAGAAAAUAUUUUAAUACAGUGUUUCAACAGUAAAUGAUUUUCAUAAUAUAUAAUAUGAACAGUUAAACCAACCAUUGAUGUUACAACUCCAUAUAAAAAUAAAUAAUAUCUUCCAAAUAAACUGAAUACUUGUAUCACAAAUCUAUCUUUCAAUUACAUUAAGACUCAUCUUCCUCACUCUCCUCAUUUUCAUAUUUCAGUUGACCAUCCUUGAAGACAAAUCUUCUGAAUUUUUUAAUCUGCCUGAUACUGAAACCAUUCAAUACUUUCAGACAUUCUAG